GCAGCAUCCAAUGAUGUGAACAAGGUGACAGAGAUCAACCCGUACCUGCUGGGCACCAUGUCAGGCAGCGCUGCAGACUGUCAGUACUGGGAGAGACUCUUGGCCAAAGAGUGCAGACUUUACAGGCUGAGGAAAAACCACCAGAUCUCUGUGGCUGCUGCCUCUAAGCAGUUAUCUAACAUGAUGCUGGGCUACAGAGGAAUGGGCCUCUCCAUGGGGAGCAUGAUCUGUGGAUGGGACAAAGAGGGUCCUGGUCUGUACUAUGUGGAUGAUAAUGGGACGCGUCUGUCUGGCCGCAUGUUUUCCACCGGCUGUGGGAACAGCUACGCCUACGGUGUGGUGGACAGCGGUUACAGGGAAGACAUGACAGUAGAGGAGGCGUAUGAGCUCGGCCGUCGGGGCAUCGCUCACGCUACACACAGAGACGCCUACUCUGGUGGAGUCGUAAACAUGUAUCACAUGCAGGAGGACGGCUGGAUAAAGGUGUGUAAGGAGGACGUGUCCGAGCUGAUCCAUCGCUACAGGAAGGGAAUGUUCUGAGUUUUACUCCAAUAUCAUCAUCAUCAUCAUCAUCAUCAUCAUCAUCCAGUGAUGUGUGUUCAACAUGAUUAUUGGUUCUUGAACUUUACAUUAUGUAAAAGAACAUCUCAAUGCCCUACAAGCUCAUGCAGUUUAGGAUAUGUUUUGUGGUUAAAAGACAAAUGAUUAAUGUUAACUUACUUACAGAACAACAGCUCCAAAUAAAGACUUUUCUUCAAUUGACUCUGUUAUGUAAUCAUCAAGUUUCAGGUACAAACUUAUGUUUUGUAUAACAAAAUAUAAAAAAUAAUUUCUUUAAAAAUAAAACAUCAUGAAAUGCUAA